ACGCUUCUCAAGUUCUUUUUUUUCCCCUCCCACGACCCAGCGAAACACAGCAGGCGAAGGUUGAAACAGAAAUAGUACAAAAAUCACUCAUCGCCGUCGUCGCACACCGUUGCAUCCUUGUCUGUCUGCCAGCAGCCCCGCCACCAUGCCGUUCACCGCAUCCGACAUCUGCAAAAUCAUCCUCGCCAUCAUCCUGCCUCCAUUGGGCGUCUUCCUUGAACGCGGCUGUGGCGCAGAUCUUCUCAUCAACAUCUGUCUGACCAUCCUGGGCUACAUCCCCGGCAUCAUCCAUGCGCUGUACAUCAUUCUCAAAUACUAGUGCUAGCCGUGUGACGGUUUGAUGCUGUUUCCUCCGGCCGGUUGAACCGCAUCGCAUCGCAUCGCAUUCCUUCCCUUUCUUCAACCCCAUUCCCGAUCGCAUCUUUUCCCCUUUUCCCUUUUCCUUUUUCGCACCUGGCUGCUCAAGCGGCCAGAAUCCCCAUGGCAAUGAAGGCUCUCCCCGACGAAUCCGUUUGCGGCCUCGAUGGGGCUUUCGUUUCUUGAAACAGCUCUCCCCCGUUCCUUUGUCGUUCGAUGUUGUGUAUUUCAAUGCAGUGGUGCGCCACACCCGAAACCGAAGUUCAUGGGCGGUGGAGGAUAGGAUAGGAUAGGAUAGAAGCCUGAUGGGAAACGUGUCUCUUGCGGUUUUUCUCUUAUCAUCGUUCAUAUCAUGAAUUGCAUCGACUAUGAUCCCCCCCUUUUUUCCCCACUUUUUGGUCGGGGUGGUGAAAUGACUAUGUCCUUGUUUUCGAACUGAAUGUAUAUAAUUUCCCUUUU